GCUGCGGGCACAGACGUGGGGCCGAGAUUGGGGGCGCCCUGGAAAGCCCCCACCAUAGCGUAGCCUGGUCUCUCCAGGGGAGGACUGAGAGAGGAGGAGGAUGCCGGGGCUGGAGGAAGCUGUGGAGAUGGUGGGGGAUGCAGAGGGCUCGGAAGUUCGUGCUUGGAUUUGGCUGGAUUGAGCCUGGGGGACUCUGACAGGUCCAAGUGCUUCUCAGAGCUUCCCUCGAGCUCACCAUGGAAGGUUACGGCAGCUUGGAGUGGAUUCCUUCUUCCCCGGCACCUUUACUUCAGCCCACAGAACCAGAGAGCUGGGAGGUCUCAGAAGCAGCUCAGGAGCCCCCCAACUCUGAAGCAUCGUUGUGUGGGGCAAGGGGGCCUGCUGAGGGGCGAGCAACAGCACCCCACUUUGGCGUUCCCCAGAGCAAUGGCCAGCAAGGGCCCUGGGCCUCGUCUUCCCGUGAGACUGCCCAUUCCGAGCCCCCCAAGCCCUCAUUGCCCCCACCCCCACCCAGUUUCCCACCUGACCGCUGUGUCUCCAGCACCUCCACCUGCUCCUCGCUGGCUGGAUCUUCACAGGAGUCUGAUGAGGUUUUCAGCGACUCGGAAGAGAAGAGUCCCAGCAAGAAACGAGUGCUACGGAAGACCAAGUCCUGGAAAACCUUUUUCACAAUGGUGCACUGGUCCUUGCGGAGGCGCAGCUCCUGGGUACAACUGGCUGGUCACGAAGGGAACUUCAAGGCUAGUGAAAGGGGACAGAUCCUCAAGAAGUUCAGUCCGGUGGAAAACGCCUGCCUGGUGGAGCUGAUGGGGGACGUCCUGCAACCCUUUGUGCCCACCUACCAUGGAGUAGUGGAGACCAACGGAGAGCGCUACAUCCAGAUGGAUGACCUCUUGUGCGGCCUUGACAUGCCCAGCAUCAUGGACUGCAAAAUGGGCACUAGGACCUACCUGGAAGAAGAGGUGGGCAAAGCCGAGCAAAGCCCAGUUGCACGGCGGGACUUGUACCAGAAGAUGGUGAAGGUUGACCCGCUGGCCCCCACUGCCCAGGAGCAUGGCCAGGCUGCUGUCACCAAGCCACGGUACAUGCAGUGGCGGGAAAGUAUUAGUUCCAGCGCCUCUCUCGGAUUCCGUAUCGAGGGUGUUACGAUUGAGGGGGGAUCUGUGCAAAGGGAUUUCAAGCAGACCCGGACGAAGGAGCAGAUUGUGGAGACCUUCUUGACCUUCACCAAGAGCCGCCUGGAUGUACUGAGCACGUACCUCGCUCGCUUGGAGAGUCUGCGCAAGGCCCUGCAGGAGUCCACCUUUUUCAAGACCCACGAGGUGAUCGGCAGCUCCCUGCUUUUUCUCCACGACCGGAAGGGCCAGGCCAGCGUUUGGAUGAUUGACUUUGGCAAGACUCGCCCCACCCCAGAACACAUUCACCUGUGCCACAACGUGGCCUGGACCCAGGGAAACCACGAGGACGGCUAUCUGCUUGGCCUGCAGCAUUUGACUGAUACUGUGCAAGCCACCUCGGACAAGGCAAGGGAGCACCAAGGAGGAGCAGCCUCUGUCCCCUCCUGA